UGGAGGCGAGGAGUUCCUCGUGCUCGCCCAGCUCCUGUAUUUCAGACCAAGAGCAAGUGCAUGGACUUUGACUCGGAAGACAGAAAAAUGGAGCAUAGCACUGAAAUCCAGUUGCAAGGAGAUAUGGGUGAGGCCGUAGAGAUUGAGGUGCGGGAAUGCCCCGAGGGUUGGCCGUUCACUGAACAGGAUGGAUCCACCAAGGUACAGGCCCGACUGCAGGAUGGCAGCUCUGACUUGACCAUGGUCAUUGUGGCUCCCAACCCAGAGAGGGAAGGUGGGCCAGAAUAUGACAAUGCUGACCGGGCGCGCAUUCCUUCUCAUAUCACCAGUAAUUGUACUGAUUCGACCAGUUUGUUUGACGUUGCCCUGUCAGACCGAUUUGGCUAUGUCUACAGCCUGGACCGGGCUGAGAAAGUGCGCAGGGACUACGAAAUGCGGACCAAUACUUCAUACGUAGCAGUCAGCAACGUCAAACUAAACUUUGGCCAAACAGAACUAAGUCGUGAGAAUCACCGCAUUUAUUGGGAGGAGCCUCAGCAGGACACGCCCCUCAAGAGUCCAUCGAAAAUUAACUUUGACGGUGUGCCUUUCAUUUUACUGGCCAAGAGAGUUCUUGACUGCCAGCACGGCAGAGACUGGCGACGACGCAGCAAGGAAAAGACAGAGAGAAAGCGAAGGAAGAAACCGUGCGGCCAGGAGACAAGAAAACUUGGAUGUCUUGCAACCAUUAUCAUGCGUGAACUUGUGUGCUUUCCAGAGUUUGAGAUUGAUGAGAACUCUGAAUACAAAAGAAAACUUACCUCGAAAAGGCUGAGGGUCGCACUGAAAGAGGGUGAGGUCAAAGGUCAGAAAAGGAUCUACGUUGACCUCCCUGAGGUGUCCAGUCAUAACCAUCCUGUUGAUCAGGACACGCGCGUGACACAUCAAGCCCUCGAUGAGCGGGUCCUGAAAAAGCUACAGGAACUUGUAGGAGGCGGAGUUUUGGGCGUUGAAGAAAUGAGGUUACACCUCCAGAACUACGUCAAGAAUGAGAUCUGCUUUGGUCAGCCUUCCAUACCUCUCACAAACAGGCGGUUCUUUCCAAGCAAGUUCACCAUCAGAACUCACAUACGCAGAUGCUGUGCACCAAAGAAGCAUUUACAGCAAGAAGAAAACCAGGUCGGAAGACAACUGCUGUUGCCGGCAGUAACAAUGGCUAUGGAUCAGAUUGAUUUACCGCAGGCCCAGAAUAUUGGUCAAGCCUUCUGCACGCAGUACUACAAUACAUUUGACAUGGACCGCAAACUUCUUGCACCCCUAUUCACUGAUGUAUCUAUCAUGUCGUUUGAAGGAGACGUAAAGGUUGGAGUGAAUGACAUCAUACAGAAACUAACGGCACUUCCAUUUAGGACAGUGAAACAUGUAGCUACGUCAAUAGAUAGCCAGCCUACUUUAGACCAGUCUAUCCUGGUUUCUGUGUUAGGUCAAGUCAAGACAGACGAGGAUCCUCCUAAAGCUUUCCAUCAAAGCUUCUUACUAAAGUCUAUGAACGGAACUUUCUACGUCCUCAACGACAUCUUCAGACUGGGUCUUCACAACUUCUGAUCAUUCUCCGGCAUUGCUGCGGUGACGAGCAAGUUGGCGCAGUCCUUUCAGUGCUUCUGUGUUUUACUCACUUUGUACUUUUCUUUUUUCCCAGUUACAUUUUGUCACUGUCCUAUCUACAACCCAUAGAACCCUUUCCACACUGCGCAACUAAGCCAGCGUUGCUUCGUAAAUUUUAAAAAACCACAGUUGAAACCUCCUUCCCCCAAGACAAUCCUCACUGUCCUUUCCUACAGAAGAUGAUGACCUAACUUCAUUUUGGUCGCCAGUAAAGGUUUCAAUGAAGUAAAAGCAGGCAAAAGUGUAAGAGCUUGUUGAUACCAACAGAGUGCAAAAACAUGAGGAAAAAUCUCUGUGUACCAGUUAAGUCAAAGAAGCUACCGUUUGUCCAAUUUUGUAGAUUUCAACAGGUUUAAGAGUUAAAUGGUCGUCAAAAUCUCAAAGGUGACAGCGUACUAUGUACAUUGAAGCUUACACACCUAUGCAUUGAAGAAAAAUGCAUUAACAAGUGUUAAUACAAAACGUUCAAUCAAACACUACCUGGUCAGUGAAUAGACAAGUCUGUAAAACCUGACAUUAUGUGUUCAAUUGUUGGGCAUUGUGUCGUUACAAAAAAGCCCCCCCCCCAGUUUGUAGCCUGCCUUUAGAAUAAAUGAGGACGUGGCAUUGGUCACACAAGUAUUUCUCCAUUUGGGGGUAUUUUGUAAUGCAGCUGUGCAUUUACUGUGGUGUUCAUCAUGUGGGGUUUAGGAUUACUCCUCAAAUUUCCUGAUUCCUCAAAGUCCACCAGGAGAUCUUGGAAGACUUUGCAGGAUGUAAGUCAUUGAAGGCUAGCUGUCAUUAUUUCACAUGGACCUCUGAGUGUAAAGGCUUUGAGGUUUGGUUCUGCACAGAGGUGGAUUUGUGGAGAAUUGGGGGAGGUGUCGUUGCUCGCCCCCAUACAGGGCAAGGACCUCAUAAAAAAAAUCUGGACCCGUCAUGCCCUUGAUCAGCACACAGAGUUCAUUGAAGCCACUGGCAGCCAUAUUACCAUGUCAAAUACAAAGGUAUUAUACAGAGACUUGCUUGCCAUUGUUAACUAAAUUCGGCUAAACUAAAAUGGCUGCCAUUGGCCUCAGUAGGUACAAAGGCAUUGCAACUCCAGAUUUUCUUAUGUGACGUCUGUGGUACAGGGUGCUUGGGUGGGCUGAGAAGAAGGACCGCAUGACGUCAUUUAUGUUAGUCCCUCUUGGAUAACAUUUGACCAGGGCAUGGUGGUGCAGGCGGAAUGUUUGCUACCCACAAGACUUUGCAACACCUUUGCUUCCCUCAAAAAAACUUUGUAAAGGGCAUCAGCCUCUCUUAGCAUCCUAGAAUAUCAGUGGGGGCGAGCGAGGAUGUGAAGGUGGAUGCCAGACUGGCGAGUUGGCAGUUGAAUAAUUAAAGGUUUCACAUUUUAUUUUGUGGCCUAUGUAUGACAUUGUCAUAUGCUGUAUGCACAUAUUGAGAACAUUUCUUUGUAUGCUUUGUAUAGAGGUGUGAAAGAAAAACACCCUGUUAGUUCAUUCACUCAUUUUUAUUCUGUUGGUUUUUAAAUGAAUGUACAUGUAUGACCGGGCAAAGUGAUUACGCACUAGAGCAUGGCUGCAUGAUGCAUGGGGAAUGAAACAGGUACAUGUAACUCUCAGUGGUCAUUAUUAGCAUUUCUAAAAUCAUCAAAUGUUUGCUCACGCGUGCAUGGCUCGUCACACUUUACAUUCAGUUUCUGAUCAUCGGGGUUUGCAAUUUCCAAAGUGGUCUGCCCGUUCAUGCUCAGACUCGGCCAGACGGGCUCUGCAUUGCCCCCCGCCCUCAGCAGGAUGGCAGAUGUUGCACUGAAAAUUUUACCAGUUUGGUAGCUUUGAAUUUUGGUUUGUUGAAAUGCAAGCUAGUCAGGAAGUUGUUUUCAUUUUGAAAUUGCAAUGAGACAUGUAGAAUAAACAUGCUUGUUCUUGGCAUUACCUGUAUAUAGAUAAUGAGGUUUUCUAACAGAUUUCAAAAUUCAUGCAAAUACCAAGCUAUAGCCAGCCCUUCGCAGUUUUCAACUCCUCCGUAGUCCAGCAAUAUAACACGUACAAAAUUGCUGAAAAUGAAGCAAUUCAGCAUUAUGCUCAUGCCGUUGAGUAGUCCGAGAUUACAUUGUACAGGUGUUGCUGUGGCAUUGGAUUCAGUUGCAUGCCACACAUUCUCGAGGCUUGCGUGUAACAUGUACCAUGUAUUUUGGCCAUUUGUAAACACCCUGUUGGUAGCAGAGUCAUUAUGCACAUGUUUAAGCCUUGCACGAGAAGGGCACUGGUUACUGGAUUAGUUUGUACAAGCAUGGUGUGUAGCCAGCAAGCACAUUCCAGGAGCCUAAAAAAAUACGACCUGGUUGAAUUUGCUAGCAUGUGGGUGUCCUCUCUAUUUCCAAGUUCAUGUACACGUAAUAUACCCAUUUGGGCUUAUUUGCAAGUGGGCCAUCUCAGAUUGAAAGUGAGGUGAACCUUGUAAAAUGUUCUAUUAAUACGGUUGUGAACAAGGGUGAUGCAAAGAGGGCAAAUCAUAGAUCAUUACACAAUACCUGCGUAAACCCCUGUCAUCUGAUUAGUGGAUCGUUGAUCAUGUGUCACUGAAUUAUUCAUUCUAUUGACCAGGUACAGUCCUUGUCUUCUGAUGAAUUGUUCCAAAUUAUGGAUACGUCAUGCCACCUUUCUUGUCACAUGAAAGAAAAUUGAUGUACUUUUCCAAAGUGAGGCUCAACCUGUAAUUACAGUAGAACAGUCAGGUCCCUUUCCAUUUCAGAGUGUUCAGUAAGUGAAAUGGUUCGGGGAUCACAGUCCAAAAUGGCCACCUCUUGAAUACAGGCCCGUACCAGUUUUUCCUUGGUCUGAGCAAAGGUGUUUAACCUUUAUAGUCCUCAGUCCUUCACCUUUUAGAACACCAGGUUUAAGUUGGUGGCAAAUCUACAUUGGUUGAUGCAGUUGAUACAUUUUACAAAAAGUUAGCAUGGCGACACUUUAAGACAUUUUUCCAUCAAGGCAUUUCUGAUUAACAUGCUUGCAUGGGCCAUUCAUUUUCAAUUUUAAAAAAAGUGACUUGGCACAAACUGUAACUAUAAAGGCAUGGAAUAUAAUGCAUGUGUUGCAAUGAUAAAUGAUACUGGCUGUUGAAAUAAACUUAUAAUGGAAAUUUUGUA